AAUAUAGUAAAGUUGAUAACAUAGCUUUCACAAAAAUAAAAUUAAAAAAGAUUAACCUUUUAUAACGUCAACAUUUAGCUCAACAGUAAAUUAACAGUUACUUAAGAAAGUCGUAUUGAAAACACAUUAGCCUCAGAAAGCUAGUAGGCUUAUCAUGAUAAAAAAGAGACGAAAAAAGACAGAUAAUGCUGCAACAAGUGCAAGUACAUAAAAGAUGACUGUAAAUAUUUGCUAUGGUCACAAAUCUGACAAAAGAAAAUCUGAAUAAAUGGUUAGUUAACUGAACAAUAUCAGUUUGCAUCAUUUGUAAGCAAGAAAGUGUUGCUACAGAACUGUACAGUAGGGGUAACAGUAACAGUAGGGGUUGCUACUAGCAACAGGACACACAACUGAAACCAACUGCUGUUUUACAGAGAAGUCAAAAGAUAUAUUUUCACAUUUGGUGUUUUGAAGAUAGUUGCUGCCUUCAAAUGGGGUGGUGUUUACCAUGUUUUUCGGUUGUGUUUGUUGUUGUUUUUUCGGGAAGUGGAAUUUUUCUGAAAGCGCCGAGUUCAAGUUGUCGACGUUUUCAGAAAUGACCCACGCCAUGGAAGUUUCAUCUUUCUUUGGAUGGGACACGGUGCCAUCGCUACCUGAUGUUGUUUUGUCUGCGGAUGACGGGGAGAGAGCGUUUGUGGACUGACCGCUGCUGUUUCUCUGCUGAGCCUCUCAGCUCAACCUGCAGGAACAAAACCUCGGCGCCAUGGCGGAGGAGGAAGAGGAAGAGGAGGAAGAGGAGGAGGAAGAUGAGUCUGACACACAAAAAAAAUCACCCGACGAGCUGCGGUGAUUAGAAGACAGGACGGGGGAGUGCGCCCACCGUGUUGCGGGUGUAUGUGCGUGCGUUUGUCUCCCGGUUUGGAUCACGAUGAUGCAAAGUGCGGCGGUCCUACCGACAGAGAGUCCUGUAAAGAGUUUACCGGAGAUUCUCGGAGUGCCACUGCAACAGAUCCCUCAGUGUGCAGGUUGUAGUCAGCACAUCCUGGACAAGUUCAUCCUCAAGGUGCUGGACAGACACUGGCACUCCAAGUGCCUCAAGUGCGCCGACUGUCAGACUCCGCUGGCGGACAAAUGUUUCUCCCGGGCAGGAAGCGUCUACUGCAAGGAGGAUUUCUUCAAGCGUUUUGGAACAAAAUGUGCAUCAUGCCAACAGGGGAUUCCUCCGACGCAGGUUGUGCGGAAGGCGCAGGACUUUGUGUAUCACCUGCACUGCUUCGCCUGCAUCAUGUGCAGCAGACAGCUGGCCACCGGGGAUGAGUUUUACCUCAUGGAGGAUGGGAGACUGGUGUGCAAGGUGGAUUACGAGACGGCAAAACAAAACGACGAUUCAGAGGCGGGGACCAAGCGACCGAGGACCACCAUCACGGCCAAGCAGCUGGAGACCCUCAAAAGUGCCUACAAAAACUCGCCAAAGCCGGCACGCCACGUCAGAGAGCAGCUGUCCUCUGAGACAGGGCUGGACAUGAGAGUAGUGCAGGUUUGGUUCCAGAACCGGCGAGCAAAAGAAAAGCGUUUGAAGAAGGACGCAGGUCGACAUCGCUGGACUCAGUUUUAUAAAAGUGUUAAACGCAGCCGAGGAGGACCCAAGGUGGAGAAAGAAAGCUCAGCUGACGACGCAGGACUCAGUGACAGUGAACUGAGCUUCAGAGACGACCAGGUGCUGUCAGAUCUCGGCCACACCAACGGGCUCUACGGGAGCGUCGGGGACGUGACUAACAGUGCGGUGCUGAACGGCGGCUUCUCCGUAGACGCGGCAGGGCAACCCUACCACGACAUCCGAGCAGGAAGUCCCUACGGUCUCCCUCAGUCGCCGUCCUCCAUCACCUCCCUGCCCGGCCACACCCCUCUCCUCAACAACCUCGGCUUCAGCAUGGACAGUCUGGUGGCGCAAGGGGGGCCGGGCGGGGUGGGGCAGGCUCUGAGGGCCAUGGCGGGAGGCCCCACCUCAGACCUCUCCACAGGCAGCAGUACGGGAUACCCCGACUUCCCCACCAGCCCCGCCUCCUGGCUGGACGAGAUGGACCAUUCCCAGUUCUGAGCCUCGCCGACAAAUGUGGCGGAGACGACCGCCAUGGGGAUAAAUGGGGACACGACAGAACAGACUCACACAAGGCUUUUUACAUUUCUUUCUAUCGCCCUGCAAGACUGGUACGUUUUGUGAUGUUGGGUGAAAAGGAGAAGGAAGAGGAAGAAUUAUGACUCUCAGUCCCUCAGCAGUCGUAACUGCGAGGUAACAGCCGGGUCGAGAUGCGUAGGCCUAGUCCUAGCAGCGAAGAACACCUCCACACUCAGUGAACUGACUGGACAAAACACCUCUGAAUGUUCAAUCUCAACAGUGUAUCAUACAAUUUUUGUUAUCAACUGACUUGUUCUUUCACUCUCUGAAAAAUGAGACUGGAUUUCCAAUAUGUUGGUGGAUUAUGCUCACGGGGGAGGUAAUAUUGUCUCGUCCCUUUAAAAUUAAACCACACCAUCCCUGUCUAACAGCUACAACAUUAGGGCUACAAUCUACUGUAGAUCAAAGUCCCUAUAAGACCCAGGAGGCACCUGCAUGCUUCUAAUUCAUAAUGUGUAGGGCUGCUGUCUGGCCAUAUCAAAGCCUUUACAUUGGCAAUGCACUUUACUCUCCUCUUCUUUUUCUACACAUAUGGACAGGAAUGCAGAGAGAAAGAGAGAAAAAGAGGAGAGACAUAUGCACAAGGCAAAAACAGUGUUUCAUUGGGAGAGAAAUUUACAAGAACAGUGGCACAAGUGUGAAUUUUGAACCAUGCUGACGUUUUUUAAUGUAUUGCUGAAGCUUACAUAACUAAGUUAUUAGGAAGUAGAUGGCCGUUGGUCUGUCCGUCCGUCCGUCCGUCUGUAUGUAGAAGCUGAUGUUUCCUCUGUUUGAAUGAGGGUGAACACUGUUUGCUACACAGCAGGUCUCUCUUCUAUAUUUAUCGGUGCUUGACUUGUUCUUGUCUGUGUAAAAGCUGUCUGCGCCCGAAGCCGAGAGCAGACAUCUGUCAGUGUUAAAUUAUCUGUUUCCAGACUCACCAGGAAUCAAAGCUUUGUGUUGGAGGACAGUCAAGAAGUCCAACUCUUGACCGUUCUAAUAAUACAGAAAAUCAGACAUCUUAAUCAUUCAUUUAUUCUUUUGAAUGCACAGAUGUGUAGGAGAUAUCCCUUUGCAAAUAUUAUUGAGCAAAUUAGACGCAAAUACAAAUUCAAAACACCAACAAGUAUUAGCAGGAACAACAUUUCUCUUUGUGUUUUCUUCAGUCUUAUCCAGGCUUCUCUUGGUAAUCUACUCAGUCCAGUUGAGCUCUAGCUUUGCUUGCUAUCAACCUACUUACUAACCCCAGAUGUGUUGUCAGCCUGUCCUCCAACUGCCUGGCCUCCAUGUCAGAGGGAUUACCACAGAGUCCCCCCACUAUCAGGGCUGAUACUCUGGCAUCAGUGCUGGCAUGACUGCUGGGCUGAUUACAUUUCGGGCCACCUCAGCUGCAUCUUAAAGCCCCCAUAACGACUGAUUCAAGAGAGGAGAACCCCGUUUCUCAUUUUCUUGAAGCGCAAACUUCCUUUGACCUGUAAGAGGAACUAACAGUUUGAUUUGACCUGAUGUCGGAGGGGAGGUUUGCUUAAAAAAACUCACCAGGAUCUUAUCUUUACUCCUAUUUCUGUUGAAGAAAACAAAUCGAAUCGUAUCUACGUAGUCACCUUUUUUAAAAAAUUUGCCAAGUCCUGUUUUUUUUUUUUUUUUUAAACAGAUCAUCCUAUUUAAGAGCCAGAAAGCAAACCAACAAACAGAAAGUGACACCAUUAAGAAGAUCUUGUACAAAAACGCCACCACUACAGUUUUGUUAAGUCUGUGUUGCCUCAGAAGUUUGCAUCUUAAUUGUUGUAAAUUUUGUACAGUUUGAAAACGUGUUGAUCGUCUUGUUUCAUGAGCGCUAUUUAUUAUUGCCAUGUGUCUUUGAAAAAGAUGUAAAAGAGAGCACUGAAUUUAUUCAUUUAUGCCUUCUGUGUAAUGGUAUGAACUGUGUACAGUCAAAUCUAUAUGAGGAAAAUAAAGCUGAAUUGUCUUUGGGUUA